GGGGAAGGGCGGGGCGGGGCGUCCGCGCGCACAGGGCUCGCGCCAGGAGCCGCUCGCGCCCUUCCCCCUCCGGCCUCUCCAUUGCGCGAGCGCCGGCGGUUGCCGGGGCUAGUGACGUCACGAGCCGCGGAGGCGGCGAUUGGCCGGGCGGGGAGCGCCCCCCCCUCACCCCUCCCCCGCCGUGGGACCGCCGCUGCCGGGGCCGGGCCGGGCCUCGCGCGUCCCCUCAGAGCGGAGCGGCCGCCGCGGCGAGCGCGGCCUCCCCGGAGCCCCCCGGGCACGUCCCGACUCUGCCCGCGGUCCGGUGCCGCCACCGCAGGCGGGGGUUAUGGCCCGCCUGCGGCCCACCCCGCGCCCUCGGCUGCUGCCGCUCCUGGCGCUGCUGGCGCUGCUUGCGCCCCGCGCCCGCGCCUGGGACAGCGGCGACCUGGAGCUCUUCGACCUGGUGGAGGAGGUGCCGCGGAACUUCUACGACUUCCUGGGGGUGCAGCAGGAUGCUUCAUCCGCAGACAUUCGGAAAGCAUAUCGAAAGCUUUCUCUGAUUCUGCACCCAGACAAGAAUAAAGAUGAAAAUGCAGAAAUACAGUUUAGGCAAUUGGUGGCCAUCUAUGAGGUUUUAAAGGAUGAAGAAAGGAGGCAGAGGUAUGAUGAUAUUCUGAUCAAUGGACUACCAGAUUGGCGACAGCCUGUGUUCUACUACAGGCGGGUGAGAAAAAUGAGCAAUGCUGAGCUGGCAUUACUCUUGUUCAUUAUACUCACAGUGGGUCAUUAUGCUGUGGUUUGGUCAAUCUACCUGGAAAAACAGCUGGAUGAACUGCUUAGCAGAAAAAAGAGGGAAAAGAAGAAAAAAACAGGCAGCAGGAGUACAGAUGAAGCCAAACUUGCUGCUCUAGACAAAAAUGAAAGGGUACUGGACAAACCACAGUGGCAUGACUUACUUCCAUGCAAGCUGGGAAUAUGGUUCUGUCUCACAGUGAAAGCUUUACCUCAGUUAUUCCAGGAUGCCAGACAAUUAUAUGUAGAAUAUAAAGAAACAAAAAUGAAGGAGAAAGAAGAUGCCCUGGCUAAGGCUGAACUUGAAACACUUCAGAAAAAGAAGCCUAAAGUCAAGAAACCAAAAUUGGAAUUCCCUGUAUACACAGCCCUGGAAUCAAGUGGGUAUAUACCAUCGUAUGAUCAUGGAGCUUCAAUCGAAGAGAUUGAGGAACAGAUGGAUGAUUGGUUGGGAGGCAGGAACAGAACCCAGAAAAAGAAGGCACCUGAAUGGACAGAGGAGGACCUGAGCCAGCUGACAAGAAGUAUGGUUAAGUUCCCAGGGGGGACCCCCGGUCGAUGGGAAAAGAUUGCUCACGAAUUGGGUCGAUCAGUGGCAGAUGUUACCCUGAAAGCCAAACAGGUGAAGGAUUCUGUUACAUAUACACCAGGUACCAUUCGGCUCUCGGAGCUUAAAACACUGGCACACAAUUCCAAAAAUUACAAAGUCAACAUGAAUCUGCCAGAUCACAUAAUCACCCAGAGAGAGAGGGAAGAGGAGGUGGAGGAGGAGGGGAACUACAGUCUUACAUCAGAGCAGAUGGAUACCCAGGCAGAUCCAAAGGAGACCCUAGCAAGUGAAACCAGACACCGAAGGCGGAAAAUUGUCAAAGCACCUGAAACGGCUCUGCUGGCAACAAAAGAGGGACAGGAAGAGAAGGGCAGAGGGAGACGCCAGAAAGAUUUUGAUAACACUGAGCAAGAGGAAGAGAGUGAUGAUGAAAGCAGAAGAAGGGAGAAAAGCCGCGCACCAGAAGAACCGUGGACUCAAAAUCAACAGAAACUUCUGGAAAUGGCCUUGCAGCAGUAUCCAAAGGGAACAUCAGAUCGCUGGGAUAAAAUAGCAAAAUGCGUUCCUGGAAAAAGCAAGGAGGAGUGUAUAGCAAGAUACAAGUUGCUUGUUGAACUGGUACAAAAGAAAAAAAUGGCUAAAAGCUGAAUGUUGCGAGCAAGAAGAGAUGUAGUUCAUCUUUGUCAAAAUGGGGUUUUAAAUCUCAUAUGCAGGAAACUGCAUUUUUGUACCUCAGUAUUUCUAUAUGUCAUGUGCCUUAGUAAAAGAAAAUAUUAAUAAAUCUUAUACCAUCUUGCCUGG